AUGGAUGCAAAGGACCGGAGGACAUCAACGGCCUCCAUGGACGAGAGCCACGGAGCGCUGAGCGACUCAGAUGCACAAAAUCAACUCGAGGUCGUCUUCUAUCCCGACUCGAACCACCGUCGGAAAUCGUCCUUGGUGACGAUGGAGAAACCCCAGAUGCGACACUCCGGGCAACCUGACAAAACGACCGCCUGCUACGUACAUUCCUUGAUUGCUGGGGAGUGGGCGACACCUUCAAAGCACAUCGACGAGACGCAAGAUGUGAUCCGGACGCUCAGUGACGAGGAGCCCACCGAGGAGCUUACCGCAGACGCGAAGGAACUUGGUGAGGAUAACGUAGUGUCGGUCGUUGACGGUGAUGGCAAGAUCUUGAAACCUGUUCCGACGAUCAUUCAGUCUCGGCACUUAACAAAAAGACAGCUGUCGGACAUGGCCUGGAAUGUGCGGAAGCUCUCCAAGAAGCUAGGGAGCAUCAAGCUCAAGCUUACCGUCAAGAACGUCUUCAUCGUGAGCAAGACACAUGAUGAAUCGCUUGUGAGCCUCACAAGGAAGGUCACCAGAUGGCUGCUUUCCAAAGACCGUGACACGCCAUAUAUCGUCUAUGUGGAACGACGUAUGGAGACACAUCCGGACUUUGGGACCUUGCAAUUACUGCAGGAAGAGCCGUCCGCCAAAGGCCGGCUAAAGUUCUGGGACCCGAAGCUCGCGCAGGAUCAACCACAUCUGUUUGAUUUUGUGGUUACUCUGGGUGGUGACGGAACGGUCCUCUACACAAGCUGGUUAUUCCAGCGCAUCGUUCCGCCAGUCCUAUCGUUCGCCCUUGGUUCUCUUGGGUUCCUGACGAAUUUUGACUUCGCGGACCACCAAAAAAUUCUGGAAAAUGCCUUCCGGGAUGGUGUUGUCGUCAGUCUCCGGUUGCGAUUCGAGUGCACGAUCAUGCGGAGCAAGGCACGCCUAAAAGAUCCGCACUCCAAUACCUUGACCUGCCGAGACUUGGUAGAAGAGCUCAUUGGUGAAGAAGGCGAAGACACCUUGACGCACACUCCGGACCGGGUGUUCGAGAUUCUCAAUGAUGUGGUGCUCGACCGCGGUCCUAACCCAACUAUGUCUCAAAUCGAAUUAUUCGGCGAUGAUGAGCAUUUCACCACCCUCCUCGCCGACGGAAUCUGCAUUGCGACUCCAACGGGCUCGACGGCAUACAACCUCGCCGCCGGGGGUUCCCUUUCGCACCCGGAGAACCCAGUCAUUCUGGUCACCGCGAUCUGCGCGCAUACCCUAUCAUUUCGACCGAUUAUCCUCCCAGAUACGAUUGUAUUACGCAUGGGUGUGCCCUAUGAUGCGCGAACUAGCUCAUGGGCCAGUUUCGACGGCCGAGAGAGGGUGGAAUUACUUCCGGGCGACUACGUGACCGUAUCGGCAUCAAGAUACCCGUUCGCCAAUGUGCUACCGCAGAACCGGCGUGGCGAGGACUGGGUUCACAGCAUCUCGAAGACGCUGAACUGGAACUCCCGGCAAAAACAGAAGAGCUUUAAAUAG